AAUGGUCGCGCCCUCCCUUGCGCGCGUCGGAGCCGGGACCCUUUCCCAUUGGCGCGAGGGAGGCGGAAGCGCGGCGGAUGGAACGUUGAGGGCCCCGGGCGAGACCAUCCCGCCACCCGGGCGGGGGGGGGGAGGUGAGCCCGGGGAGGGAAGUUGCUUUUCGCGCCAUGGCGCCGUGUCCGAAGCUGGUGCUGCUUUUCAGCGGGAAGCGGAAAUCGGGCAAAGAUUUCGUGGCCGAAGAAAUCCAAAGCCGGUUGGGAUUGGACGUUUGCACCAUUCUCCGCUUAUCCGGCCCUCUGAAAGAGCAGUAUGCAAAGGAGCACGGCCUGGAUUUCCUGCGGCUUUUAGACGCCACCGAUUACAAGGAACUGUAUCGCGAAGACAUGAUCCGUUGGGGCGAAGAAAGGCGCCAGAGCGAUCCCGGUUUCUUUUGUCGCAUUGUGGUGGAAGGCGUGACGCAACCCAUCUGGAUCGUCAGCGACACCCGGCGGUCCUCGGACGUGGAGUGGUUCCGUGACGUGUAUGGGGAUAUAGUUCAAAUUGUCCGGGUGAUCGCCACGGAGGAGACUCGGACAAGACGGAACUGGGUCUUCGUGGCAGGAAUUGACGAUGCGGAAUCCGAGUGCGGGUUGGACCAAGGCGUCCCCUACGACUGGGUGGUCACCAACGACGGUGACCAGCUGUCCUUGGACGCUCAGCUGGAGAAACUGCUCCAGUUUAUCCAGACCAAACUUUAGGAACCGCGGGGUUUCCCCCUUCUCUCUCUCUCUCGCUCUCUCUUUCCCCUCUCCCCCUCCGUAGCUCUUUUGGGGAGGGGGCUUAGGCUGGGGGCUCUUGGCUGAAGGACCAAAGAGGGGUGAAUACGGAGCAGGAGGCCCUUCCCAAACAAGGAGACACACACACACACUCACUCCCCAGGCAAGGAACCGUCAGGUUAAACUUUGCUGUACAGCUUCCUACCUGGAAUGAAGAGUCCGUUCCAGAAAGUGCCAUAAUCCAGUGCCGGUUUUCCAUCCCUCCCUCUCUCUCUCCCUCUCCCUCCCUCCAUCUAUCUCCUAUCUAUCUAUCUCUAUCUAUCUAUCUAUCU